UGCGCCCCUAAACCAACUUACUGACAACGCUACCUCCCGGAACUCAAACUUUAACGUCAGGUGCAAGGUUGUUUGGUGACAAUGGCUUGGGAUUUUUGCAGUCCUUACCUGAAACCCAGGAUCUUCUGUGAUAAAGUCAGUGUUGAUGGACAUGAAAUCACGAACAUAAUUUCAGACAAUUAUUUGGUAAAAAAUAAUGGAUUUCUAGCAGAACGUUUCAUCAAACCACCUGUGAUGAUGACCAUUGCAUUUCCGUGUAACAUUUACAUACAGAAAAUUGUCAUCAACCCUAUUGUCGGCUCACAGAAAUCAUGUGGAUUCGAGAUUAUGACCCGCUCAGAUCUUGUGAAAGAUUCCUGGAUUGUGAAUGAUAAUUUCCUGAUGGAGCAAGCUCCUCACACGCAGGGAAUGUUUGUGACUGUUGGAAGGUGUUUAAGGGAGUAUACAGGACCGACAGUAUUCGUCUUUUCUAACCCAUCAUAUUGUCGGCAUUCUGGUAUGUCUCAAAAUACCCACCAAUACAUCGACUGUGCUGGACAGAAUGUAAUAAACUCUGAAAUACGGCACUUCCGAAAUACAUCUCUAGCAUGUGUAAGCCAUGUUUUGAUAAGAAUUACGCGAACUCAAGGGGGGUGUAUUCCAUGUGUUAAAAGUAUUGCAGUCUUUGGUCAACCUGCUCAUUCAGUCCCAAAGCCCAUUCUUGACAAGAUUUGGGGCUUGCAUAAUGAUUUUAUUAGAGGACAACAACAGGUUGAGGUUGAUGUGAUCACUAGCAUAUCAGAGUCUGGGGUUCGAGUCACUGAUUCAGAUAGUGUCAAAAAAGAGGAUGAAAUUCCGAAUGAAUUCAUGGAUCCGAUAACAUGUGAUAUUAUGACAAUGCCGCUCCUACUUCCAUCGGGACAUUCAAUUGAUAAAAACACAAUGGAGAGACACAUAGCAGAAGAAGCAAAGUGGGGAAGGUCGCCCAACGAUCCAUUCACUGGAGUUGCCUUCCAUGGUGCAAGCAUGCCAAUUCCCAACAGUUCCCUAAAGGUUAGGAUUGAUCACUUCUUAGUUAGAAGUGGGAAGAAGUUUGAAAAUGUUGCAAGGACUAUAGGACAUUCAAUGGAUUUCUUAAAUCGGGAUGUGGCAUUGAAUACUGUGUAUGAUACUGCCCCGAAGGUGUCUGAACAGUCUAGUGACAGUGACUGUGAGAUCAUUGAAGUGCCAGCUGAAGCUAGUUUUCAAAGUGUAUCCGUAUCACUUACAAAGUCUCAUUCUUCUCAAAAUGUUUUACUAAAAAGGAAAGGUUAUAACCUUGAUAAGUCUAGUCCUGGACCUGGAGACAAAAAGAGGAAAACAAAGCAUGUCACUGGUGAACUGACUUCAACUGAGGUUCGGUCACGGGAUGCCCCUUCUCAUAUGAAUCUUCCAGCCACCGCCUGUCACAAGCUGCCCUUUGCUACAGCAAUUACAUUUACAAGUAAAACUAAGGGUAUUGUUCACGCAUCACAUGAAAAUAAUUUAUCUCACAGUUUAGACUCCGCUGUGUCCUUGACUUUGGGAAACUUGCCAAGCUUCAGGAAGCCUGCACAAUCAAACGAAACAACAGAUACCAAAAAAACUAAUACGACUUGUAUGAUGUGUCAUUUGAACCUCAAAUCAUCCAAGGUAGCUGCUUAUUUGUUACCAUGUUCUCAUAAUCUGUGCAGGAACUGUUUACUUUCAGUGACAAAAUUGUCAAAUGAAGUUGUUUGUAAGCGUUGCCUUAUGACCUGCCCCUCUAAAGACAUUAAGAAAAUAUAUGUUACCUGAUUGUGAUGUCAUAUUUGAUGUCACCACAGGUGGCGGGGUUGUAUAAGCAGUCCAGUUUUAAUGAUGAUUGUGUUAUUCAGGCCCAUGAAAGACUAUAUGCAGGUCAAAAUAUAUCAUACAGCAGCUGACCUACUGUAAUCUUCUCCACCAUGUAUGCAUACUUGUACUGCAAAUUAUUUAUUGUCCAAUAC